AUGACAACACCACCAGCAGAUAUGAACGGAAUACAAAUGUUUAUAAAAAGUCUUCAAGAUGAAAAAAUCGUCUCCUCCUUGCUGAAACAUGACGUUAGUUAUGUCAGUCAAAUAAGGAUGUACGUAUGCAACUCCACAACUAGUAGAGUGCUGGAUGAAUGUGCAAAGCUCGGGUAAUGUUACGAUUAUACCACCGUAACCGAACUAUUCCCCGAUGUCACCUAGUUAUUUGAUGCCACCAACUUAUGCCGUAAGAGGAUUCGACCACAAUGACGGGCCGUACGGUCCGCAAUAUAUUACAUAACCACUGGUACUGAAGGAAGAGUUGAAUGAAGCCAAUUCUUCAUUCCACAGUUUCAGAAAUGGGAUGGGAUCUCAAGAGAAAAUUUUCUUUAUAAUAAUGUAUGUAUUUUAUUUUUAAUAUAAAAUUGUAUAUAACAUGUACUGUAGUAGUAUUAAAUAAAAACACAGAUAUUUACUUAAAAAAAAAAAAAGUUUUUCUCGGAACCGCUUCAUCUGUUUCAAAUACGAUACGCAAGUCCCCACGGACGAUGUUCUGAUGUUGUCGUUCUGUCUCGAUAAAUCCACAACUACGAUCGGCGUGUUUGCAGUAAAAUUUUUUCUCGUUAAUAAUGGAGCACUGGACACUCUACCAUAAUACGAUUUUUGAAAAUCUGUAUGCGCCUUACACAAUGUAGCCGGUUUUGUUAUUGCAAAAGUUUGCGUAAAAAUCCUCGUAGGGAUAUACUUCGUUGUUUAAGUAUACCUCAAGGUUUUUGAGGUUACAAUAGUCGAACCAACCCGACGGGUUUAUCAAGUUAUUCUUUCUAUCGGUUUGAAAUCCAAUUAUAACAAACCUCGGUUUCUCUAAUAGACUGCUAGAUUUAACCGUUCACGAAUGAGAAGUGUUUGUCGGGAGAACGGGAUAUUCACACAAGUCCCAGGUUCUAAACGCGCACGCGAGUGGUUUACGAGAAUCCAAUACUCUUAAAAGUUUUAAUUUUUCUGAAUCGUUUACCCGAAUAACUGGCAUUUUCCAAAGAACUUUGAUCACUUCGAUAUUUAUUUUUUUAUUUAUUUCAAUGGAUUUUUCUGCGUUCGCUCCGGUAGAGCGCAGAGCGUUGAAAUCAGUCGACGACCGAUUUAAAAUUAUUUGUUGAUUGUAAUUGAGUAAUAUUUUUUUACAAUCUUCACAAAAUCUGAAUAAAUGUUUGAGGGGGAUGCAACCGGAAAAUUUCUCUUUUUCCAUGAAAUUUGUUUUAUUCGAGUUCAUACAAAUCGUGAGGUGUAUGAAAGCAGUAUCCUUUUAAAGUUUAAGAUAUGCCCGGUGAUUUCAACUUUUGGAUUUCCACACCAUUCACUUCGUAUCGUAUUUCGGAGAAUAGAAAAGCCAAUUCGUUGUUUGUAAAAUGUAUAUCUCCUACCGUGCUGUCUUAUUUGUUAACUUUUACCUCAAUAAACAAGUAACUCUAACACGGAAGAGUGUACGAGUCUAUAUUUUGAAUAGAUAUUCUAAUUUCAUCGUUUUUCGAGAAUGCCGUAUUCAAGUACGGAAGAAACGAGUGAUAUUACAUCUGUGUUUAAUCCAUUUUUAAACACGUGUGACUUUGUAACGAAAACAAUUAGUGACGAUUGUCGUCCUAUUCUCCUUCAAGCAAUCUUAACUAAAUUGGCAGGGAAAGCGUUCGCAGUGACACAACACCGAAACACCGAGAGGUGAAGUCAUGGGAAGCAUUGAAAGGCCUAUUGGAAGUGACAUUUUGUGCAAAAAGGAUUCCAGGAUAUCUACAAUUGGAAUUAACUACAACGAAACACAAAAUUGGGGAAACAAUUCAAGAAUACUCUGCAAGAGUUGAGGUACUCUUACACGAACUAUGCAAUGUUAGUACUGCUAAAAGGUCUCCCGCAGACGCCAAAGCAGUCCACGAAUAUAUAAAAGAGACUAUUUUAACCACAUUUGUAGAGGGUCUACCGCCNUAUUGA